AAAAAUGAAAUUUAAGAAUAAGAGGCCUAUUGUUUGACAAUGAUUGAGGUAUGCUAAUGUAAGUAAGGAACCAUUGAUGGGCAUUUUUAUGUAUUGUUUCAUUUGUAUUGUAUGGUUUGACUAGUGUCAAGCGUGGACCUAGAUACCAAAUUUUUUGGUCAAUGAUCAUAUUCUACUACGAUUGCAUUGCCAUUAUAAAAAGAAGUUCAUGAAAUUUCCAGCCUUACUACCACAAUAUUAGUAGAAUCUUAAUGUGGUAAAAAUUUUAGUCAAGACUCAAGAAUACCCAAAACUUUUAUUUGAGAUGCAUUAGGCUCAGUGGCCAGCUGCUUUCAUUUCUUUUUUAGGAAGAUGAAGGUUUGAGCAUCAAUACCAUCACUAUAUUUAACAUCUUUAUUGUAUAUGGAGGUGUUAUCAUCUACUAUUAUUAACUUAUUUAGAUUUUUUGGUUUGUAUCAGAGCAGAUUUGAGUUCUUUCAUUGUGCUUUAAAUUUUUUUAAUUUUAUAUAUUUCAUGAUGCAUUUUUCAAUAUUUCUCCCUCUCUUUUUGUACUGUGUUCUACUUAACUUCACUUUCACAUGCCAACUAUGGUUUAAACUUUAAAGAUGAUCUUUACGCGUCGUUGUGUUUGUAGUUUAGACUAUGCCACAGCUAAAUGCAAUUUUAAUAUUUGCUUUGUGUUGACUUCAUUAACAUUGUCUGAUUCUUCUUAUCUGAAUUUGUUGAGAGUUGGAGCAGUUUUGCUCCGGUUUCCAUUCUGCUCCCAAUCUUCCUUAGCAUCAGAUUUGCCAAAACUUUAUCUAUAUAUUAUGCAGGUUAUUCCAUUUUCUAGGGGAAGUGCAUGGGAGCAGCCCCCUCCAGAUUUGGCAUCAUACUUGUACAAAAAUCGAAUUGUGUACUUGGGCAUGUCUCUUGUCCCUUCUGUUACAAAGUUGAUACUAGUAGAGUUUCUAUACCUUCAGUAUGAAGAUGCUAACAAGCCUAUUUCUCUUUACAUAAACUCCACUGGAAAAACCAAGGGUGGUGAAAAGUUGGGUUAUGAGACCGAAGUUUUUGCUAUAUAUGAUGUUAUGGGGUGUUUAAUCAUUAUGGUCUUGUUUGUGGAUCAUGUUUCUAGCGAACUUAUAUUGAUUCUUCUUUACUUCAGGUAUGUGAAACCCCCAAUAUUUACUCUGUGUUGGUAAUGCUUGGGGAGAAGCAGCCUUACUUUUGGCUGCUGGUGCAAAGGGAAACCGUUCUACAUUGCCCUCCUCUACAAUUAUGAUGAAACAGGCUUUUUCUUGAUCAGUGGUUUGACACAAUCAAUGCACAUUCUUGUCCAGGGAAACCAUGAUAAAAUUUAUUUUAUUUUUAUUUUUUUGAAAAAGAAAAAACCAUGAUAAAGUUAUGUAUCAAUGCACAUUACAAUAAAACUUGAAAAUGCAAUCUUUUUACUUAUGCAGCCCAUUACAAGGUUUCAAGGUCAAGCAAUAGAUGUGAGCUUGCAAGAAAGGAAGUAAAUAAUGUAAAGACAGUGUUGGAUAUGGAGUAUGCAAUAAAAAAAGGUCUUUAAUUCAAAGUUUUGAUAGUGUUACUUAAAAAUGGAUCUGGAUUGUUUAAAUAACUUUGAUUAUCUUCUUAAAUGUUUUCACUCUUACACUUGAAGAAAUUAAAUCAUUCCUUUCUUCAUAUAA